AUCUGUAUUCGUUUCCUCAAUUUGACAGUUCGCAGCUGGUGCUGUUGGAUUGUUUCUGUUAUGGAUUUUUGAGACCUAAAAGCGUAGAUAAUACUUAAAUUGUGGCGAUAAACAAGUAGGAUAAUCAAAAUUUAUUACAUUUUUAAUAGUUUGUUGUAUAUUUAUUCCACUUGGCAUAAUGUAUAAGACGUACUUCAUUCAAUUUUGUUCGAUGAUCACGUAGAAAAAAGCUCAGGGCAAUGGACCCAGUAAUAGACAGUGAAUGGCUUGGGUGUAAGAAUGAACCGGUUGACGAAAUGCAGAAUGUCGGCAACAUUUCUCGAAGCUGGCAGUGGAGGGAACGGGGGAUCAACCCACCCAACUACCCUAAUAACAAAACUGUGCUUGAAAACAUGGCUGAAGAUAUACUUGUUCAGAAACCACUACAAAUAAGGAGUUGUGACUUACCUGGGUAUCCAAGGUCUACAUUCUUAAUGGUUUUUAGUCCUGAUGGAACAAAAGUAGCAUCAACACAUGGGAACCACAAUGUGUAUGUAUCUGAGCUGGCCAGUGGCAGACAUGUGCGGAUACUGAGAGGUCAUCCUCGCACUCCAUGGUGCAUUGCCUUCCAUCCGUCUCACCCACUGCUGAUUGGUUCCGGCUGCCUGGGUGGACAAGUCAGGGUCUGGGAUAUUGCUAGUGGAGGAAGCGAAGUCUGGAAUGUUCGCAACGAGACCGUGAUAGCUUCGAUCGCGUUCCACCCGCGCGAACAACUGCUUGUCAUAGCUACGUACAAUGAACUGUACUUCUGGGACUGGAGCCAACCUGCGCCGUUUACCAGAGUCUCAACCAAUAAUGUUAACGAGAAAGUCAGAUAUGUGGCUUUCGAUGCUCUUGGCUACAAGCUUAUCACAGGGAUAUCACUGUGGGCGUGUUCGGGCGGCCCUGCGAACAAUUCUUCGCAGCAGCAGAAUCCCCCUGCAGGACCUCCUAACAACCCGAAUAAUAAUAACCCAAGGAGAGAUGAUCCUGACGACAGUCCGGGUGGUAGCCGACCUCAAGAGAGUCCCGGCUCCGCCCAAGACAUGAUUGUAAAUUCGUACCAAAAUCUGGUACAAAGAUACGACAGUUUAGUGAGGAAUUAUCAAAGACUCUUCAUGGUACGACACCGGCUGACGAACACUCCGCCGCCGCCGAAUACGACUGACCGCGGCACAGAUCCAAUGGAGACUGACAUAUUAACGUCAUUCCCUCCGGGGUUUACGAGACUCCGAGAGACCCCCCGUGCCACUGCUUCCACGUCUGCUACCCCAGAUGACGGUAAUAUAAGAACAACAACAGAAAAUCCGACGCCCAGUACAUCUCGUACUCAAGACCCGGUAGACAACGGCGACGGAGAGAGCAGCAGUCGACUACUCAACUUGGAUGUGCUGUCUAUUGAUGGCAAUACUUCCAGAAAUCCAACAUCGAAUCAGGAGCGUUCAAUGGCGUUUGGAUCCCGAUCGUCCGCUUUCCAGCCAUUAAAUGGCACUGAUAGAUCAUAUAGAACUAUAGAGUAUGAGAGUACCAGGCUGUUGCCCAAUCCGUUUUCGUCCGCUAUCGGAACACCUAGACCAGCCAGGAUUACUUACACAGAAAUUACUCCCUCUAGCUCGACCAAUACGUCGCGGACCAGCAUUUUUACCUCGUCUAGAGGUUCAUCUUUAGGUCGAGAUUUCUCACUUCGUCGUCGAAACUUCUCUCCGUUACAAAACAACAACGAUACUCCACGUAACGAUCCUGGUUCGCCAGCAACAAAUACUGCUCCAUUGACUUUCACACGCCGGUCAUUCAGCGACGCACGGAGCACGUCGACUGAAAGUCAGCCGUCGACUUCAGGCACGUCAUCGCACAGACCGGCGAUGACGAACUCGUCUACACAGAUGAGCCCCGUGACGGCACCGGUCGAUGCACAAACUAUUAACGAAAGUCUGGAUUUGAUUCGAGACAUCCUGCGGGACUCGGGCACGCGGCUGCUGAACCUGAUCACGAACAUGUCGCUGUCGACGCUGGCGAGCGUAGAGCGCGGCAUGCCGCGCCGCGCGGCCUCGCGCGCGCACUCCGACGACAGCGAGGGCGCCCGUCCGCGCGGCGCCCGACCCCGCGUCCGCCUCUUCAGCUCCACCUGGCGCCGCGACUUCCUCUCCUCCAGCUCCGACUCCGACAGCGACCAGUCCUCCGAAGUUAAUAUUUUCAGAACAAGAAAUACUACUUUCCGAGAAGACGAGUCAAGACUGACCGACCGACCCACGACGUCCGCUUCGUCUACCGAGAGACUGUCGCACCUUACUGAUAGAUUAGUGUUUGAACUGAAUGAGGUGUCCCGCAAUGGUAGCCCUUCCAGGGAGCCUGGACCUUCGCGAGAACCCGGAAGAAUUAACGUGUCGUUAUCAAAUAAUAGAUUUCGUGUUCGAACACAAAGUGAUUCUAUGAGCACUGACGUGGGUUCUAUGUCUUCGGCUGCCGGUGCUACCGCUACACCCUCUGCUACUGAGGAAUCACCCUCACAAGCUGCGGGCGUGGCUACUCCUUCUGCCGGUGACGGCCCUGCAGUGGCUGAAGGAUCGCGGCCAGCUAAUGAACCCGAAACAUCAGGCCAACGUACACAAAGUACACCCGACUUCAAUCCCGAUAGACCGUCAACAAGCCGGGACGACUUUUGGAAUAGAGGCGGCAUUGUGCCUCCCGAAGAAGCCUACAGAAAAGUAAGGAGCGGUGUAAACGCAUUACAAAAGCACACUGUGCAGUUGACGAAUCUGUGGCUCCGAGGGAAUCGCACUACUAUGAGAGAGUUGCGUGGGAUGUGGGAAAAUUUACGUAGACGUAUACUUAUGUUACAUAGGGAAACUGGUAGACAAGACGUUCCCAGUUAUUAUACUAGACCGUUACUGGAUCGUUGCAUGAUGCUAACGGACAUGACGGAUAACCUCACGCGCACAGCUAGGAAUUUAAGAAACAAUGCAAGAAAUGAAGAUAAUGAAAGACGUUCGGCUGCAAAUCGUAAUGGGACUGACAACGCCAACAAUGCAAAUAGUAAUUUAAAUCAAGGUGAAGCAAGUACGUCCAAUGAGGCCGCGAGCACGAGUAGACAAACGCAAGGAGCAAGGACUUCUCACACUAGAUCGUCACCUAACGUCCGAUCUUCUCCGUCUUUGAGAAGGCGGCUUCAGUCCAACUAUCGCUGGCGUCCAGAAGAUGAGCUUAGGAGGCGAUCUCGUAAUCCUACAGCUAAUCGUUUAGCUCCGCGCUAUACGAACCGAUCUCGGAGAGAUUUUAUGCGUGCUAUAGAAAUUAGUGCCACCCGACAUGAGAUACGCAUGAGAGCCAUGCAAGUUUUGUCAGUUAUGUUUAAUAUGAUGAUGAUGUGUCUCGAAGAACGCGGCCUCAGUCAACUCAUCAUUAAUAUGUUGCGGACGCUUAAGAGGGCUUUAGCUUUAACUUGCCUAAUUGUGAUGUCAAAUAGGAAUAAUGGGCGAACGGCAACGACCCAAGCCCCUACACCACAGCGUGUAGAAUCUCUAGAUGUUGUACGUAUACAAAACGUUGAGCAUAAUGUCGAUGUGAAUGUUGACGGACCUGACGAACAGGCGGCGCCUGCGAACAAUCCCCAGCGUGCGGCUAGUGCAGAUGCAAACCGAACGCAGCAAAAUAGUAACGAUGAUGAUAACAAAAAGGAAAACGUUGAAAAGCCGUCAACGUCGCAGGCUGAAACCACUGAAAAUAGUAAUAAGAGAUCACAAGAAGAAAAACCUUCAACUUCACACAAUAGAGUUUCACAAAGAUGGAGCAAUCGUCUCGCCGUCCAAAUAGCCGCAGCCAACAGAAAUUAUUCAGCAACAGCAAGAAACAGGAGGGAUCUGUAUAUGGAAAGUAGGAGGUUAAAAGCUUUACAUAGAACAAAUCCUACUGCACAUCCGCUCAUCAAAAAGAGGGCCUUACCGCCGGUAUCCAACUAUAGAAUACCAGCACUGCGCUCCUUACCUGUGAGACCCGGUACGACGCGGUUUAGAAGUCCAAGAGUAGAUCCUCAAAAUAAUGAACCGGUCGCUGGACCGUCGCAUGCUCCUCCUGGUGAAAAUCCCAAUCUUCAGGAAUCUCCUGGAAGUGAGCUAAUGAAUGAAUUCGAGCACAGAGUUAAUUUUAUACGAAUAGCUCACAUGCAAGCAGUGAGGCUUCGGAAUGCGGCGCGGAAUAGGUUCAGGCGGCUGCAGACGAUCCGGCUGUACACGCCGUCGUCGGUGCGGGAGAUGUUCUCGCUGUCGGGCGCGGGCGCGGAGGGCGCGGAGGCGCGCGGCGCGGGCGCGGAGGCGCGAGGCGCGGGCGCGGAGGCGCGGCACCCGCUGGCGAUGUUCCGGCCGCACAUCCUGUCGGCGCGCGCCGAGCCGCCCGCGCGCGAGGACCUCACGCACCAGUUCCACACCGUGCUCAACAACGUAGCCAUGCCGCUCAUGCAGAUGUCCGACCUGCCCGCCAACAACGAGCCCGGACACUCGCAUCGCCUGCCCAGGAUACACGAGUACCUGCAACCCAUCAUCUUGGCUCAGAACGCGAUGGUGGUAGAGGAGGACGGCGCGGCGGGCGAGGGCGGCGGGCGGCGCGUGGCCGGCAUGGCGGGGCUGCUGGACGCCGGCAUCAUCUCCGAGGCGCUGCCCGCGCCCUCGCACCGCGUGCAGGCCUGGGACUUCACCACGGGCGAUACACCUGACAUCUCUGACAGUACUAAGAAUGUGGUAGUACAACGAUGUCGGAUUCACAAUGACGCCAGUAUCGACAUAUCGAAGGACGGCAGGCUUCUAGUAGCACUACUCCCUGUACCCAGGUUACGAAACACGAAUCAUUGGUUAGGCGUGUACUCACUGGAGUGGGCGCGACUAGGCCAGUGCCUGCACACCGCGGUGCUGGAACAGAGCGCCGUGUCGGUGGCGCUGUCGCCGACCGCGCGGCACCUGGCCGUGGGGCUGGGCUCGCGACGCUUCACCACCGCGCCGCAUGCCAGGAACAACGUCAUCGCGCUGCUGUACCGCCUUGACCCGCUAGAGAGUUCCAGUCGCACUGGUCUGUCUCCCAUAAAAGAAUUGGAACAGAAUUGGGAGCAUGGCUUCACUAGCCUCAACUGCCUCCGCUGGGCGCCCCAGCCCGGGCAAGGACUUGUGUAUGCAAACAACACUGGCCAACUCAUUAUUAUGAGCUAAGUGGAAUAUCAUGACAAAGCUGACUCAACACACAAUGCCCAGGAUGCUGUAUGUCACUGCCACGCUGACUGCCGUUUUGUGUCAUUCAGUAAAAAUAUAUUUACGCAUUUGUGGCAACUUCUUCAUGUAUAAAACUAUUGGAAGCUUGAUUUGCUCUUUAUAUUUGAUAAAAUAAAAUGUCAAAUUGUAUUUUCAAAAUAUCAUAAUACAAUAUUAUAUUAGGGUGUACUAAUCACAGACUGUUUGCUUGCAAGUCAAUCCGAUUUUAAUAUACCUACAUACAUAGUUUGUAAUGUUCAAUGCCAAUGUUUUUUUAAAAUGUAAUUGAUCUCGUGAAUAAUUGGAUUGGAACUGAUUUUGAAAUGUCUGUGGUGUAAUUACUGAAAAAUGUAAUGGUAAAUUGUUCCAAACGGAGUUGAAACUUUUAUGCUUGUAUUUGUUACUCAUUGCAUUAAUCAAUUUUCAACACAUACUAAAAUGUCAAAUGGGUUAUUUAAUACAUGCUUAAAAGUAUAGAUUUAUCAAAUCUUUAGAUAUUUAUUCUUAGUGAUAAUCUGAAAUUCUGAAAAUUCAUAGUACCUAUCAAUUAUAUAUUUUUUAAGUUGUUUUAUUUUUUCUCUUUUAUAAAGGUAUAUAUUGUUUGUGUUAUUGUUAUACACUGCCUUCGUAAGUUAGAACUAAGAUCAUUUGUUUUGUUGUAUCAUAAAACUUCAGUCUCAUUAUAUUUACGCAAUCAUGUUUCGUUUAAUGCACAGAUAAUGUUUAAAAUUAUUUUAAGUUUUAUUUGUCUGAUAUUAUUUCAUAUUUUUACGAAGGUAGUGAGAUAUCGGUUCUUCCAUACUAUUAUUUAUAAAAUUAAUGGCGUGGCGCCAUUCUUUAAGUUAACUAAAACCUUUUUGAUACUAACAAUAUAAUCCACCAUUACUUCUUGCUAUUUUCUCUUGUAUUUAUUUUUAUUUAAAUAAUUUCUUGAGACCAUCUCUCAUUUUAGGCUGGGUCAUUAAAUUACUUGGUUUAUUCCGCUUGGCGACAACAUAGUUCAGCUAAAGUUGCCAAUAUUGACUACUUACCAAAAACUUGAGGCAAUAAGUUUAUGGCAAGUUAUAAUUUAACUAGCCCCCUAAUACGUGGGUAAGACAACGUAUUUCUAGUUAUUGCAGACUUAUUGUUCCACUGCGGUGGUAUUUUUUUGCAAGAGUAAAUCCCGGGGUCGGCUAUUAUUUCGUGUGACCCAGCCUAAGACUGAUACUUUCCGCGUUUAUAGACUGAUGAUCGAUUCAACCAGGGUAAGGUGGAUAGGUAUUCGACGAGUAAUGGUAAACUUGAAGAGGGAUAAUAUAUAACAAAAUGAUUUAUCAUAAAAUUUUAAAUUCGAUUGCAUUAAUGUUUAAUGUGUUUACUGCGAAAACCCUACGAAUUAAAUAUCAGUACUUCAGACUUUUGAUAAUAUGAUCUCUUUUAUUUGAAUGACUCCAUUAUUAUAAAGAACUAGCUGUUGCGCGCGACUUCGUCUGCGUGGGCAAUAUAGAAUUGCUAAAGUACUAAUCAUCCCGUAGGUGUAUGUAUUAUUUCACAUGACAGCAUAAUAAAUGUGCAACUCAUGAUUUUCUGUGUAAAGAUUGAUUAUUGUAGCCCAAUUAAUAGAAGUACAACAUUCAAAAUAUGUGUUAUUAUUGCACACGCUUUUACAGAAACGUUAGCGGAAAUAAUGGUUCAUUUCUCACCCCCGUAGGUGAUAGCGUGAUGAUAUGUAGCCUAUGUCCUGACCCGACCUCCUAGCAAUAAUCAUGCAAAAUUUGAAGUAAAUCCGUGCAGUCCUUUUUUGAGUUUACUCCGGACAUACCUACAGACAAACAGACAACAAUUCUAAAAACUGCAUAUUUGGGUUCAGAAUCGAUUAUAAAUCACCCACCAAGCAUUCUUAAAAAAAAAUAUUCAAUGUACAGUUUUAGACUUUCCUAUCAUUUUAUUAUAUGUAUAGACAUUACAAAAACAAAGGAAAGCUAUUCUUUAGCGGUGUGCCUUUCCAAUGUAUGGUAGUAACUAAGUACAUGUCGCCCUACCUAGCUAGCCUAGCUAUGGUCUCCACUCAAGGAUUGCUUCUUAGGAUUCUUUCCAUUGUGGCCAGACCACAGUCGAUUUCACACUGGCUCGUAGAAUUAUUGUAUGACAGCAUAACAAUUAUAAAGCAAGAGUAACGACAGAGGGUCUAUAAAAACAUACUUUUCCUUCUCGGUGAUAUAGCUUUAUAUUGAAAACCCGUUGGUUUGAUAGAAUUGACUAUUCUUCUUGCUCGCAAUAUCCUGACCUAGCCAUUACUUUGCAUAUUCUAUUGUUUGCUGGGAUUACUUCAAUGGCCAGAAACUCGCGCGUUGGACCCACAACAUACUGUUCGUAGAAAACAUACGCAUAUCAAGUAUUUGAUAUGCGAGAUAAUAGAUGAUGCAUAUCACUGAAAAAAUUGUUCUAUAAAAAUACACGUAAUGAUUUAUCUUGCUGUAAUCCAUAAUUGUAAGAGAAUAAAAACUGGAGUUCAUUGUUGUACUAAAAUUCACUUUAAAAUUAAGGGUUUAUGUCUGGUAAACACAUUACUAUUAAUGCUACUUCAAAAAAGUGAAAUCUUUGCGUACUUUGUUACUGUAUCUUUCAUAAUUUUUAUAUAGAAACUAAGAUUUCAUUUUAUUUCAAUUUUCAGUUAAAGAUUGUUAUCCGCAGAAUAUAACACUUAUGAUCUUGAAACUAGUCUUUCAUGAGCCGCGUGUUGCUUAUGUUUACACCUGCCAAUGAUUACCUUACAAAUAAAUACAAACGUUAAAAUAAAAACUAACCACUAUCGAUCAUGGUUACUCGUACCUAAAAAGAUGGCAAUUAAAAAAAAAGAAAAUAGUAAUUAAACCACCCAGAAAAAAGAGCCCCGCUUAGCUGGGCUCCGUCGACUUCAUAUUAUGGAUUUUCAUUAAAUCGGUCCAGACAAAUGUGGAUGACAAAAUCGUGGAACAUUAACGGUAUAAUGAUCUGAUUAAACUAAAUUGCAGGCAUCAGUAAAUUCGACCAAUUCAUUCAACUAUCGAGGAUUUUAUGAAGUGAACUGAAAUUACGAUAUGGCUAUGGUAUGCCUACUAACUAUACAAAGGGUCUCCUGAGAACUGUCAGUAUUUCUACUAUUGUUUUUAAAUAAGAGAUAGGUAAUGAGGAAAACUUCCGCAGAAGUGGUCAGCUCAUCCCUUUUUUGCUAAAAACAAUGGUCCACAAAUAGGCUACCGUUGAGCAUUGUUACGAAGAAAUAACAGUUAUUGUUCUGUUACCUUUCUCCGCCAUUCAGUGACAUGAUGUUAGGAGUCAUAAAUAUUCGCUCUUACUAAGGACUAGUUCAAGAUCCCAUAUCUCAAAUCCUCUGGUUUAUGCAUCGGUCGCCACUAUCAACAUUGAAAUUUUUCAUCUCUGAACAGAGUAUGUAAUGCUAUUCGGCGGAUAAACUAUCUAACCUGUUUUCUGUAAAUAAUUUGUUCUUCAAAUAUUUUGUGAUAAUUGUAAGAAUAGAUUAAAAAUAACUGUACAGUUUUAUAAAUAAGAUUCUGUGUACAGAUCCCUUCUUGUGUCUAAUAAAUCCUAAUAGAUGGGAAAA